AUGGAUAUGGAAGUAAGGCAAGAAAAUCAACUGGCUAUAGAACAAAUAACAACUUCAAUUAAUGAUAAUGAUACAAAUAAUUCUAAUUUUAUUAUCGAAGGUUCGGCAAAGCUAGAUAGUUCUAGCCCAACUGUAGCAUUUUAUAAUCCUGCACAACAGUUUAAUCGUGAUUUAACAAUUUUGGUACUGCAACAAUUCGUAGAAGAUCGGAAAAAAGAAUUGGAAGAAAAGAAAUGCAAUGAGCAAAAUGGUGAUGUAGAGCCACAAGCAAAACGAUCACGAAAACUCGGAGUCCGUGAUGAUUCUGAAAUACGUAUUUUGGAUGCGUUAUCCGCAAGUGGUUUAAGAGCUAUUCGUUUUGCCAAAGAGGUCCCAUAUGUAGCUAAAAUAAUUGCAAAUGAUUUUUCGGAACAAGCUGUAAGUUCGAUGAAUAAAAAUAUCGAAAUGAAUGGUGUUCAGAAUCUUGUAGAAUCAAGGUGCGGUGAUGCGGUCGAUGCAAUGAUGUCUAACCGUUCAUUUGAUAAGCGAUUUCAUGCAAUCGACAUUGAUCCAUAUGGUUCAGCAUCAAUAUUUCUCAAUUCUGCAGUGCAAGCUGUUACGGACAAAGGUAUUUUAAUGGUUACGUGUACAGAUAUGGCUGUACUAUGUGGUAACACGCCUGAGUCAUGUUAUAAUAAAUAUGGUUCUGUUGGCCUGCGACAUAAAAGUUGUCACGAAUUCGCUAUUCGUGUUUUAUUGAGAGCUAUUGAUACACAUGCAAAUUGUUAUGGAAGGUAUAUCGAGCCGUUACUUUCAUUAAGUAUCGAUUAUUAUUUACGAGUUUUUGUUAGAUUACAUACAAGCGCAUUUAUUGCCAAGGAUAGUGUAAUGAAAGUAUCACAUGUAUUUGCAUGUACUGGAUGCCAUUCACUGUACUUGCAACCACUUGUGAAAAAAAUAAAAAACGGAAAUAGUAUAAAAUACACUCCGAAAACAUUUGAUGUGUCGUUAUUGAAUAAGGAUGGAAAAUGCGUGCAUUGCAAACAAUCCGUACAUAUGGCUGGUCCAAUCUAUAGUGCACCAAUACAUAAUCAACACUUUGUAAAUAGACUAUUGCAAAGGUUAAAAGCACUUCCGGAAGAAAAACGAUCCGAAACAUUUUUGCGUACAGUUGGAGUUUUAAGUGUUAUUGCUGAGGAACUACCAGAUAUUCCUCUAUAUUACGAAUAUGAUCAAUUGAUGCAUGUUGUGAAAUCAGCAGUGCCAAAAGCAGUUGACUUUCGUUCAGCACUCAUGAAUGCUGGCUAUCGCUGUUCCAUUUCACAUUGCAAUCCAAAAGCAAUCAAAACCGAUGCUCCAACAUCAUUUUUAUGGGAUAUUGCCCGAACUGUGGCAAAAAAUAAUAAUGUUACAAGCGAUCGCUUUACGGAGGAAUGUGCUGGUAAAAUCAUUUUGGAGCAGGAAAUAAAGCAUGAAAUCACUUUUCGGCUACAUCCGGAAGCAUUAGAGAAAAGUAAAAUGGAUUCGUUGCUGCGUUUUCAACAAAGUAAAGGUAAAAAUAUGGGGCCAAAAGCAAAGACGAAAGGUUCAGUUUCCUCAAUCCGAGCUGGUUUUCAGUUACCGCUGCAAAGCGAAAAGAAAUGA